AUGACGCAAACCACUUUGCCACCAUUGAAUGCCGCAUGGGACCCCAGCCUCGAGACACCAGACAGUGAGGAAUUCUGUUGGACGCCACUGCAGCUGACUGCGAGAGCAGGUGAUGUCGCCAGUAUGAGGAGCAUACUCGCUCAGAAUCCGGCCGCCGCGAAUGAACCACCGCGAGGGUACUAUGGCCAAACCGCUCUUCAGGCUGCAUGCAUGCAUGGGCAUGAGCUGGCAGUGCAAUUGUUAAUUCACGCCGGCGCCGACAUCCACUUUAGCGGAGGCAACAACCUCCAAAGGAAUGCGUUGCAAAUUGCGUGCGGUCAUGGGGACGAGAAGAUUGUCGACAUGCUGCUGGCAGCCGGAGCGAGGGUGGACGAGGUCAUGGAUGCAUCUGCAGCCGGUCUUGAGGAGCCGUCGAGGUCCCGCGUCAUCGUCACGAGGUACAACGGAAGGACAGCACUUCAGGCGGCGUGCGAGCGAGGGCACAUUCACCUUGUUCACCGCUUGUUGCAGAUUGGUGCGGACGUGAAUGCGCCGCCGUCACCAACGGCAGGGUAUACCGCGCUACAGGCUGCAGCCGGUAGCGGAUUCCUUGACAUUGUCGAGGUGCUCUUGCAGCACGGAGCGGACGCAAAUGCUGCAUCCGCAAAGUACAAGGGCUUUACGGCUCUCCAGGGAGCCUGUCACGGCGGCCAUGCCAAGGUCGUCGAGCUCGUGCUCAAGCAGGACGUUGACGUCCACGCACUGGGUGGAAUCUAUGGUGAUGGCAUGGCACUUCACGCGGCCGCCGAGGUGGGAAGGGUGGAAAUCAUCAAGAUGCUACUGGCUGCUGGAGCUGAUGUAGAUGCGUGUAGUUUCAGACGAGGACGCGGACACAGUGCACUGCAGAGUGCAGUGGUCGGCGGUCACGAAGAAGCCGCACAGGUUCUGAGAGCUGCCGGUGCCACGGGAAGAUCCGGUGGCGGGUGUUUUUUAUUUUCGUAA